CCGUCCUCUGCGGCUCACACAGCAACAACAUGCCUGCCUGGGAAGCGGCGGCGCUCGCAGAGGAGCGGUGCUGGCUCCAGGAGGAUUAUUAGCCCUCAGCCAAGGGGUGGGAGUCAGGGGCAUAGAGGAAAACCAGCAAGCAGAAGAGGAGGUGGGAGGCGGGAGGCAAGGCAGAGACUCAGCCCUGCCACCCCCUGCUCCCCACCAGACCCAAGCUCCCAGUGCGCUGGAGGAGAGCAGCAGCCCAGCCAGAUUGGUGUCUUGGCUGUCUACAGUCCCAAACACUUCAGGUCCUGAUGGGGGACUCAGGAUCAAGACGUUCAACUCUUGUGUCUCGACUGCCAAUAUUCAGGAGAAGUAUUAGUCGAAGACAUGACUCCCUUCCUUCCUCACCCUCCUCCAUUAAUACUAUGGGUGUCCAUAGCUCCUCUCCCUCCAGCACCAACUCAAGCUCAGGUAGUACAGGCAAGCGAAGGAGCAUAUUCCGCACACCUUCCAUCAGCUUCCACAGCAAGAAGGGGAGUGAACAGAAGUCUGAAUCUGCUAGCCAGAAUGUAAGUAUUUCAAAUGGUGCUCAGUCAACUCACAACAAUUUCCAAAAAACGAGCUUGGAAGAACAUGUUAAAAGCAGAGGGAGGCAUUCAGUUGGUUUCGGCAGUUCACGGAGCAAGAAGAUAACAAGAUCCUUGACCGAGGACUUCGAAAAGGGGAAGGAGCCAUCAACUAGUAAGAAUGUCUUUAUAAAUUGCAUACGUUCUGGAAAAAACGAGAGUGAUGACUCUGGCUUUAUAGAGGAACAAAGUAGACGAUCUAUUAAGGAAUCCUCACGGAAACUUCUCCCAAAAUCUUUCUCAUCACACUACAGGUUUUCAAAGCCAGUCCCCCAGAGCCAGUCAGUUUCCUGUGUACAACAGUCUGGAUGCUUGUUGGAGAUUAAACCAUAUGUUGAAAGCGACCCCAUAAGAGUAAGGUCCUCUCCAUCAUGUUCUGCUGAGAUAACAGAAUGUGCAGGAAGUUCUUUGCAAUCACCUCAACUUUCUGCAGACCUCACCACAGUCCAGACCCCUUCGGAAUUUUUAGCCUUGACUGAAGAUUCUUUCUCAGAAGUUGACAUGGUGCCCAAUAGUGGAAACACAGUGCCACACACAAAGAACUUAGACAAUAAUACUUCUACCUCUCAGAUUUUCCUCAGUCCUGUUGUUGAUUAUGUGAGGAAAAUAGAUCAUGUAGAAAAUACUUCCCUGUCUGCUGUUAUAUCUCCUGUGAAUCAUACAAGCUUUUGUAGUACUGAAUCAAAUACCUUACCUAAAAAUACUGCUGCUAAUCAAACACAAGUAUUAUUGCAAGCCACUGAACUUCCUGGUAAAGAUGCUGGGCACAUAGGAGAAAUUAACUCAGCAGAUGCACAGUUAGAAACUUUCAUGUUAGAUCAUGAAGAAAAAACAGUGGAAUGCUCUCCAAAGGCUAGUGGAUUAUGUGGGGACCAACAUGAAAUAACGUUAUCUGAGUACAUUAGAGAAACAAUUCCUGUAACAGAAUCGAAGAUUAUUCCCCCCAACUCUGAAUUCCGAUCCUUUAGAACACAACAGGGACAUGAAAUAAAUCACUCUAAAGUUAAUCUUGCCAGUAGUUUUAGUCCUUACCGAGAAGGCAGACUCAUAGAGAAGCGCCUGAGAUCCUCAUCAGAAGGCAAUGCUGGAAGCAGCAGGAUGAUCUUAAAACCAAAGGACGGAAACACAGAAGAUCUUCAUAGGUUGCGGAAGCAGAGAGCGAGCUCGUCAUCUUCAAAAAUGAACAGUCUGGAUGUUCUGAAUAACUUGGGUUCCUGUGAGUUGGAUGAAGAUGACCUCAUGCUUGAUUUGGAAUUCCUAGAAGAGCAGCAUCACCAUCGUUCUG